AGGCACUGCAGGCAUCUCACAAUUUAGUAUUUGGCAUUACAAUGCGUGACAAUGAGUUGGCAUGAUAGCACUUGUAAACAGAUUGGCACCCAUGCCACAUACCAGUUCAAAACAUGUGUUACACAUACAUUACACAAUAACUUGAGAAAGAGGGAAGAGGAAAUACAUUUCUUUCCUUGUCAGAAACUCCCCAGAUAAGGAGUGGCUACCGGUUCAACAUAAAACCUCUGCUGUUGCUGGUUCCUGGGAUCCUGACUGAAAAGUCUUCCAUUGAGUUGGUGGUAGUCAACAGCAUCUCAAACACACCCAAUAAGACCUACAGUACUGAUGUCGCAAUCAGAGGGGUCCUUAUCGGUGCCAUGAGAAGACUGCAGGAGACCACUGCAGGAUUCAAUUUCACCUACACAGAGGACCGCAACUAUGGUCCCUUCCUGGUGAGUGUGAAUGGUGUAGCCGGGAACAAUACUGAAAACACUUUCUGGGAGCUCCUUGUUCAGACUGGGGGGAAUGGGACCACAAUCAGACCUGAUGUGGGUAUUGGCUGUUACAUCCCUGAACCAAAUGACCGCAUCAUCCUAAAAUUUACUGAGUUCGUCUCCGGCUCGCACUCCGUGAGUGGCAACAGUUCGAAUCCUGGGAACCUCACAGCAGCAAAAACUUCCAGACUAGAUUCCAUUGAGCUUGUGGUAGUCAACAACAUCUCAAACACCACCAACAAGACCUACAGUACUGACAUUGCAUUCAGAGGGGUCCUUAUCGGUGCCAUGAGGAGACUGCAGACCAAUUCAGGAUUCAAUUUCACCUAUACAGAGGACCCCAACUAUGGCCCCUUCCUGGUGAGUGUGAAUGGUGUGGCUGGGAACAAUACUGAGAAGACUUUCUGGGAGCUCCUUGUUCAGACUGGGGGGGAAUGGGACCAUAAUCAGACCGGAUGUGGGUAUUGGCUGUUACAUCCCAAAACAAAAUGACCGCAUCAUCCUGAAUUUUACAAAGUUCACCACAAACUCCGCAAGUGGCAGUUGUACAAAUCCUGGUGUGUUGUUGUUUUUGGUGGGUUUGUUUUUUUGUUUUCUAAUCUAAGCUUAACCCUUGCCUCAGUGACUACCAUACAUAACCCUAAAACACUAUCUAAGCCCAUACCUUAGUCACUACUAUACCACACCUUAUUAAGUCACUAAUUAACUCCAUACCUUCGUCACUACCAUACCACACCGUAUUAAGUCACUAAUUAACUCCAUAUCUAACCCUAAGUCACUUACUAACUCAUUAGCAGGGAAGUUCACUUGCUUAAUACAUCUAAAUCGGCAGAUAAAUAUGUGGGUUUUGUUGUUUUCUGUGAGUAUGAUUUUCAACCAGUGUAAAAGUUAUUGUGUGAUCAUGUUGGAAUAGACAGUAGCUCCUGAUCAAUAUUGUUUUGUGAUUUGAAAAUGUGCCACAGUUUUGUUUUAAUACAAUUUGUCAUUCAAAUAAAAAAACAUGUUAAAUGAAA